UCUAUGAAGUGAGGCCCGGCGUUCGGCAACAGCCGUGCACGUUCGCCGCAUGUCGUACGUCGUCCGGACUGCUUAUUGGAAAACCCGUCACGGAGCCGUGUGCAAGCAAUCGUCAAUCGAGUUUUAUACGUUGGAGGUGGCUUUCGCGUCAGUAGAACGUCGAACCGGAUGUUCCGGACCGGUUAAUUUGCUUCUCGCUUGUUAUUAAUUCGAAACAUUUUUUGCCAAUAUGCCUGACUUAUUGGAAGUCGAUGUGGAUUUGCUAAUAAGAUUAGUAGAAGAACAUAGAAUACUGUGGGACAAAAAUGAAGAAGAUUACAAAAAUACGAAAUAUACAAAUGCCGCGUGGAGAGAUGUGUGUUCGACUUUGAUUGCAGAUUUUGAAACUGUAGGAGAAAAUGAAAAAAUGGAAAUAAGUAAAUUUGUGAGAAAGAAAUGGGCAAAUCUAAGGGACGCCUGGCUGAAAUACCUGAAAAAACAGAGAGAUGUGAAGAGAACAAAAAAAUACUUGUACCACGAUCAAAUGCAAUUUCUUACAACUAUUUACGGCAGUGCGUCACCUUACGACACCUUCACAGGAGAAUUUACGCCAAAAUACGAACUUUUCGAAGAAGCUGCCGAUUUGGGAUCGGAUGCGUCUGCAGAUAUGUAUAGUAGUACCGUUGGUAGUACCAAUGAUACCAGUAGCAGCACAUACGAAACAGCAGUGCAAGUGAAAAAGUGUAAAAUAGAAGAGGCUGAAGGAAGAGCUCCAUCUGAAGAAACAACAGCUCCAUCUGACGAUAAUAAUCGACACAUGUUGUUUUUCAGAAGCAUACUACCAUCGGUUGUUGACUUUAGUGAAGAUCAAAUUAUAGACUUCCAAAUGGGUAUUCUCAAUGUUAUAAAAAAUAUUAAACGCACAAAAUAUUCAAGUACUACUGCAUCAACGUCAGCUACAGAUAAAUAGAUAAACCAAAAAUUACCUAUUUUCUAUUACAGAGACUCUACUAUUGUAGAUAGUUUAAUAAUAUUAUCUGGAUAUAAUAGUUUUAAAAUUUGUUACAAAUAUACAUCGUCAGAUAAUAGGAAUAUUUAACAAUAUAGAAUAUACUUAGAUAACAAUAGUAUAAAAGCUAGGUAUAUCUAUAAGCACCAACAAAUUUGUUUGUUUAUAUUUUAAAAUGUGUUACUUUUUCUGCGGCUGAAAUUUAAAAUGUAUAGAAAUGUCACCUCUCUUUCACUUGCCCCAGUAACCCUAAAUUAAAAGAUAACUAAGUAUAACGUUAAUUCAAAUGGACAUUAAAAUUUAUCGGAAGUGUCAUAAAGACGAGUUAUAAAAAUGUUAUCAUAUAAUAAAACGUUAUCAAACUAUUUC